CAACAAAUACUAUAGCCGACAUAGAGAAAACCCAUCAAGGGAAGGAGAAACAGUUGAGAGGAUUUCAGUAGUGAGUGCAGAAAUGGCCUCAGUCACCAUGGCAGCCUCAUUCAUCGCCGGAGCCGCCCUCUCCGGUGGGACCCCGGCAGCAGCUCAGAGACGGCUUGUGAUCACAAACAAUGCCAAGGCCACCGGCAGCGGCGGAGAGAAAAUGAAGGUGAGUCAGGAGAGCAAGAGUGAGGCCAACAGUGGGAGGAGGGACUUGGUGUUUGCGGCUGCCGCAGCCGCCGUCUGCUCUGUUGCCGGCGUGGCCAUGGCCGGAGAACCAAAACCCGGAACCCCGGAAGCUAGGAAAAUCUAUGCUCCGAUUUGUGUCACCAUGCCCACAGCGAAGAUCUGUCACAAGUGAGGAUCCAGUGAUUGAACAAAUGGGGAUUUGGAGAGACACUGUUGUUGGUGUUUCUCCCCAAUUUGUACUGUAAUUUAGCACCAUCUUCUCAUCUUAAACCUUCUCCUUCCCUUCUCUUCUAAUGUCGAAUUUGUUAUGGCAUUGUUUUUAUUGGCUGAAACAAUGAUGAUCUACUUUCUUAA